CUCAUGACCAAUUUGACUGAUAAUGUUCUCGUCCAUACAGUUGGUAUUCCUGCGGUCAUAUUAGGUCUAUUGGCUUUAAAAUAUCCUGAUUGCGCUCUAUUUCAUCAAGAACGAGAAGGCGUACCUCGGAGAAGAGGUUGGCCACUCGUAGGUACUCUUCCUCAAGUUCUUAUAAAUAAGCAUCGAAUGCAUGAAUUUUUCUUGGAUGGGUUUAUAGAAUCCAAUAGUUUGACCACAACUGGAUCUUCUUUAUUUAUCCCUCGCGUCAUUGUUACUAUUGAUCCUAAAAACAUUGAACAUAUUCUCAAAAACAAUUUUGGAAAUUACACCAAAGGGCCUCAACUACAUCAUGCCAUGAAGGAUUUAUUUGGCCAUGGCAUCUUUAAUGCAAAUGGUGAACAGUGGAAGUAUCAAAGAAAGACAGCAAGCCAUAUCUUUAAUGUAAAGAAUUUCAGGGACAACUUUACAAAAGUAUUUUUAACACAACUUGACAUUAUGUUUAAGGAAAUUCUGGAACCAGCAAGUGAUUGUCAUCAAGUGAUUGAUUUUCAUGAUACUAUGUUUAAGUUUACAUUGGAUUCAUUUAUCCUAAUUGGAUUUGGCGUUCGAUUAAAUGCCUUGGAAAGCAAAGAAAAAGUAUCUUUUGCAGUCUCUUUUGAUCAAUGUCAACUCAACAGUUUCCAACGAUUUGUAAAUCCCUUUUGGCGUAUGACAGAACCGCUCUCGUUCUUGUUUUUUCCGUGCAAGAAAAGUAUAGCUGAACAUCUUGAGACAGUGAAUGAAUUUGCCAACCAAGUGAUUGAAGAACGUCAUGCAGAAAUAGCAAGAGGCGAGCUGGAUUAUCAUGAUUUAUUGUCUCGAUUUAUGAAUGCACAUAACGAGCAUGAUGAGCCACUAAAUAACAAGGAAUUAAGGGACAUUGUUUUAAACUUUGUUAUUGCCGGUCGAGAUACGACUGCACAGGCGCUAUCAUGGACAUUUUAUAUGCUCUUAUUACAUCCUCGUAUCGAGCGUAAAUUACUCGAAGAGAUUCACCAGAAGAUUUCAGAUAGUGCGAACGAAGAUCCUGCAGCAUUAUAUGAAACUAUUAAAAACAUGACAUAUGCGCAUGCUGUAUUUUAUGAAGUAUUGAGAUUGUUUCCUUCAGUUCCAAACAAUCAGAAAUAUGCACUUGGUGAUGACAUAUGGCCAGACGGUACUGGUAUUAAGAAAGGAGACUAUGUUAUGUGGUGUCCUUGGGCUCAAGGUAGAUCGGAAAAGGUGUGGGGUCUAAAUGCAAAAGAAUUUAAACCAGAACGAUGGAUCACGGAUAACAAAACACUACGUCGUGAGUCACAAGGUCAAUGGCCUGCUUUUCAUGCUGGUCCUCGAGUUUGUCUUGGCCAAAACUUAGCUACACUUGAGACUUUAAUGGCCAUGAUCUAUAUAGUCAAAAACUACAAAUUGACAUUGGUGCCUGGACAGAAUAUCACAUAUCAAGUUUCAUUGACACUCCCAAUGCAGGACGGUAUGAAAGUUUUUGUAGAAAAAAGAAUCAAGUAGAAUCCUUUUUCUUUGAUUACUUAUCAUGCCAUAACAAAAGAAUAACUUUUUUGUGAUUCCUUCUCAUUAAAGUUUGGUUGUGCCCGCAUCUUUUGAAAACUAGAAAAAGCAACAUUUUCAUACGAGAUAAGCCCAAAAAAAAGCAUAGAGGGUUUUUGUAUAUCGAUAAUACGCAUACAAGAUGCAAUGAAUAUUAACGAAAAAAAGAC